AUGACGUCUCAGCAGCCCACUCAAGAAGCGCGGACUCCCGCGCUGGAGAUCAGCCGCCCAAACACUCCCCCUACGCCAGCGGUCCACUCGUCCCCCUCCUUUGACUACCACGAGGAACGGAGGCUCCAUCUCCAGGAUGAGAUAUACUUCUCGCAUCGGCUUCCACGGCUGCCGCCUCCUGCCCUGGCAUCGCCGGGUGGAAACGCACCCGAAAGAUCCCUCGCACCAGGAAACUCUCCUCACCCUCGGUCAUACGAGUCCAGCGCAGAUGCCAGCCCAAGCGCUUUCCAUCCUGCGGCCCCGUUCGCUCAGAUGCGGCACCUCACGCUGGACGAGCAGGACGGGGAUGAUGGAGCGGACAAUCUGUCGAUGGAUGGGGAGCACGAUGACGGGUAUGAGGGACUACCGGGGAAUACACGGACAGGCCCGUCGUCUAGGUCUAGGCAGGCCACGGCGCCUCACUCGCCCGUGAACCCCACCUUCCCAAAGAGCGACGCCGACGCAAGGACGCAAUUGCUUGACAGAAAGGAGCAGGAUGCUCAGGAGCGGCUAGAUCUGGAGGAGGAGAAGCGGGAAAGACUGUUAGCAGAGGAGAAACUUGCGAGUGACCUGCUGAUGGAGCUUCAAAUUGUUGCCUUUGCAGAAAACGGAAUCGGCUCUGCACUUGAUUCCCUAUACGCAUCCUUCGCCAAAUGCCUCGACCUUCGCGACAAGUAUAUCGCCCUCUCCAACCAGCGCCUUGGCGACAAUCCCCGCGACCACGACGGGACCUUUUCCGGCUUCUAUCCCCGCGCGAUGGGCGACGUCCUCGGCGUCAAGCCCGAAGCUGACGUGGAGCAAUGCGAGGCGCGCACCUCAGCUUCGAGCGCCGAGAACGAUCUUCCGACUUGGCGGAUCAACCCCCCUCCUCCACCGCCGCAUUGGCACUGGCGACCUCCGGUGGCGCAGGGUCAAAUGCCGCACCUCGAGCACCGGGACUCUGGCGGGCCGGACCUUCCAUCCGGCAAUGACGGUACGGCCGCCGGGUCGAGCUCUUCGGACUACAAAAAGCCAACCGGCAAGUCUGACAUGGACGUCUUUGAUGUGGCGGACUUUGAGAUUCCAGCGAAGGACCAGAGCUGGACGUUCGGACUAAACGAGGAGGGCGUCUUUGAGGUCUUCUCGGCUCAGGCUGCUCCAUCGACACCGGCUACACCAGCUGCUCCCGCUGCUCAAACCACGUCCCCGUCUGCACCGGUCCAGCGCCUCGCCCGAGUUCCUAGUCUCAAGGAAUACUUUACCGACCUCGACUUCCUCCUCAGCGUGUGCUCGGACGGGCCCGCCAAGUCUUUCGCUUUCCGUCGGCUCAAGUACCUCGCGAGCAAGUGGAGCUUGUACUGCCUCUUGAACGAGUAUCAGGAGCUGGCGGAUAUGAAGGCGGUUCCUCAUCGUGACUUCUACAAUGUCCGGAAAGUCGAUACCCAUAUCCACCACUCUGCGAGCAUGAACCAGAAGCACUUGUUGCGAUUCAUCAAGUCCAAGCUGAAGAAGGCGCCCAAUGAAAUCGUCAUUCAUCGUGAUGGCAAGGAUCUCACCCUCGCCGAGGUGUUCGAGUCGCUCAAUCUGACGGCGUACGACCUUUCGAUAGACACGCUCGACAUGCACGCUCACCAGGAGUUCCACCGAUUCGACCGCUUCAAUGAUCGAUACAACCCGACUGGAUCGUCCAGAUUGAGAGAGAUCUUCCUCAAGACGGACAAUCUGUUGAAGGGGAAAUAUCUCGCGGAGUUGACAAAGGAGCUGAUCACCGACCUCGAACAGAGCAAGUACCAGCAUUGCGAGUGGCGUCUGUCGAUUUAUGGCCGCAACAUGGCGGAGUGGGACACCCUCGCGAAAUGGGUCGUCAACAACAAGCUCAUCUCGCACAAUGUCCGCUGGCUUAUCCAAGUUCCAAGGCUGUACGAGAUCUUCAAGGGCGGUGGAUUGAUCUCGAACUUUGAGGAUAUCGUCAAGAAUGUUUUCCAGCCUCUCUUCGAAGUCACCGCAGACCCCGCAUCCCACCCCGAGCUGCAUAUCUUCCUCCAGCGCGUAGUGGGGUUCGAUUCGGUGGACGAUGAGUCGAAGCCUGAGCGAAGGCUGUAUCGCAAGUUCCCGACGGCCAAGAUGUGGGAUACGAAGCAGAGUCCGCCGUACUCGUACUGGAUCUACUACAUGUACGCGAACAUGGCGAGUCUUAACGCUUGGCGACGCGAGCGACGCUUCAACACCUUUGUUCUGCGUCCGCACUGUGGUGAAGCCGGUGAUCCUGACCAUCUCUCCUCCGCAUUCCUCACCUCUCACUCGAUCUCGCACGGCAUCCUCCUCCGCAAAGUCCCAGCUCUGCAGUACCUCUUUUACCUGAAGCAGAUCGGGCUGGCGAUGAGUCCUCUGAGCAACAAUGCGCUCUUCUUGACGUAUGAGCGGAACCCAUUCAAGGACUUCUUCCGGACCGGCCUGAAUGUCAGCUUGUCUACCGACGACCCGCUUCAAUUCCACUUCACCCAGUCCCAUCUCCUCGAAGAGUACUCGUGCGCCGCUCAAAUCUACAAACUCACCCCUGCGGACAUGUGCGAGCUCGCGCGCAACUCGGUCCUGCAGAGCGGAUGGGAGAUGGCGGUCAAGAAGCAUUGGAUUGGGAAUCGGUGGUAUCUCCCCGGAGCGAGCGGGAACGAUAUACACAAGACGAACGUUCCCACCAGCCGAUUGACUUAUCGGCACCAGACACUUCUGGAGGAGCUUACGCUCAUUCGCCGGGGAACGCAAUCUCCCAGUGCGACGCCGGGACACCUUCAGACUGCCCACCCCUCACAGCUCCCCCUUGCCCCUCCCUUCCCACCGCCGUCUUCCGCGUCAGUCCCAUCGGCUCCCGCUCAUCCAGCCACCGUACCAGGCAAACCGCACACCAGUCUCACCGAGAAUGAUAUUGGCGCGGCAGCGAUGGAGCCAACCAAGGCUGCCUUUCCCGAGAUGGCAAGCCAGGCGGGGCUGGGCGGGCUGGCGGGUGUGAUUGGGCAAGCGGCGAGUGUGGGGCAUUUGGGUCAGGGUCAGGGGCAGGCGCAGAAUCAGGUGGGGCCGGGCGUGGGGGCGUUGGAUGAGAAGAUUAGGCGGAAGAGGACAGAGAGUAUGGGCAAGGGGCUGCCGGCACCUGAGGAGACGGGCAAGUACUAG